AUGGGGGCCAAGCCGUCAAGUGCUCGCUGCAAGGACAAGGGCCCCAGGAGGAUGGUGUUCCCACGCGGGAGGCAGCAAUUCUCCCCGUGGGACGACACCCUCCUCUCGGGGAAGGACCCCCGGUCUCUGCUGAAGCGGGGCAUGCGCCACGUCAGCUUCAGCCUGGUCACCAAGGGAAUGACAGACAUCCCUGACUUUCUGUGGGGUUUGUCUGAGGUGCAGAAACUCAAUCUGUCUCACAACCAGCUCAGGGCUCUCCCGCCGGAGGUGGGGAAGCUGAGUCGCCUGGUGGUCCUGAACUUAUGCGGGAACCGCCUGCGGAGCCUGCCUCGAGAAAUCGGCCUCCUCAAGAGCCUGAAGGUCCUGUUCGUGAACAUGAACUGCCUGACCGAGCUGCCGGCCGAGCUGAGCGCCUGCAGGAGCCUGGAGGUCCUGAGCCUGUCGCACAACUGCCUCUCCCAGCUUCCCGCCAGCUUCGCCGACCUCUCCAGGCUGAGGAAGCUGAACCUCAGCAACAACUAUUUUGCUCACAUCCCCCUCUGCGUGUUUGCGCUCAAGGAGCUGGAUUUCCUGCACGUGGGCUCCAAUCGCCUGGAAAACAUCGCCGAGAGCAUCCAGUGCCUGGUGGGCCUGCAGAUCUUCAUCGCGGAGAGCAACAACAUCCACGCCUUCCCGCGCUCGCUCUGCCUGCUCACCAGCCUGGAGCUGCUGAACCUGAACAACAAUGAUAUCCAGACCCUCCCGGACGAGCUCUACCUGCUGUGGAGGCUGGGGCGGAUUGCCUGGAAUCCCAUGGACAAAGGGCUCCACAUCUCGCACAACCCGCUAUCCAAGCCUCUGCCGGAGCUGGUGGAGGGGGGCCUGGAGAUGCUCUUCAGUUACCUGAAGGACAAAAAGCACAGCUGA